UUUUAAUUAAAAUAAGAAGAAGAAGAAUCGGAGGAUGAAAAGGGCGAACUAAAUUUUCAAAUGAUGAAUAAAUUUACAGAAAUUGAAAAAAAAUAUAAGAAGUGGUGCGAAGUUAUUAGUGACCUUCAAAUAAGAAUGUUCACAUGGACCUUUAUAAAAGUUUUCAAUGGAAUAAAGUUAGGUACCAGUUUUUCAAAACUCUUUAAUUCUAAGUGAAUUUUAAGGAGGGGAAAUUACGCAAAUAAUAAAAAUAAUCUUAUAUGUCCAUUAGUAGAGAUAGUGGGGCUGUCAGUAAGAGUUUACUCUUAAAUUCUAAUACGAAUUUUCUUGCAGUUCUCUUUCUAACACCACUCUAUCCGGAGGAAUCAGUGUCAAUGAUCGUUGUGUGUUGUUUUGUGUGAUAAAAUAAAUAAAAAAAGUCAAGAAAAAUGAUUGACAAGACAAUUUUAAAGACAUGGAUAAUAGCUUUACUUUUCUCACUAUCGGGAGGAUAUGAUAUCGACGAUAACGAUAGAAACAAGGAAGUUAUGAGUCGAACACUACCGGCUUAUGCAUUUGCUCAAAAUGCUAAUUUAUUGAAUGGAUCUGGUUGUGAAAAGAAUUUAAUCGAGUUUCGAGAAGCAAUUGACAACAGGAAAUUGUGGAGUUUAAGAAUGUUGGACUCAAGUGGAGAACCAAAGCCGGGAUUUAUUUAUGGAAAUAAUUAUUGGUUGGGAAUUCGAAGUCAAUGUUAUGAUUCAACAAAUAAAUCACCACUGAUACUCAGUGAAAGAAUAAAAUUAAAUAAUUCAUUGUAUCGUAAUGUAAAAGAAGAAUUUCCACCGUUUGAUGUUCAUUAUUUUGUUGCAUAUUUUUUGCACAAUAGUACAUUACAAUAUCACGUUAUUUUACCAAAUGAGAAUAUAAUCACACUUGGUUUGUGUUUGCCGGCCACUUGUAGCAUGAUGGAAAUUGGAUUAAUUUUGAAUAAAACGUUUCGGGAACGAACACUUUUUAUUGGUGAUCUGUAUAAAGCAGAUUUUAAAUUAGUAGAAAUUAAAGAUUUAACGGAAGAUAAAUUGUCGAUGAAUUUUAGAAGAAUUUUUAUUUUAAUCAUUUUCUCGUCUCUUUUAUUAAUAAUGCUUAUGGGGACAAUUUACGAUGUUCUAGUUUAUCAAAAAUAUUUUAAAAUGCAAAAAAAGUUUGUUCAAUUGGAAAAUGUCCCCAAUAAAAAUGAAAUGAAGGAAUGUAGCAAAUUUUUGGAAUCACCAAUAUUGAAAAAACAUUCUCAAAGUACUUGGGAAAAAGUGCUUAUGUGUUUUUCAAUUUAUACAAAUACAAAAAUUAUUUUCACAACGAAAUUAAAUUCCGAUUCAAUACCAGUGAUUCAUGGAUUAAGAUUUUUGGGAAUGGCGUGGAUAAUUAUGAUUCAUACUAUAUUCUAUAUGAGCGAUUAUGCUGAUAAUAAACCAAUGUCUUGGCGUAUAUCCGAAGGUUUUGUUGUACAAAUAAUUUCAAAUUCAACAUUAUCAGUUGAUACAUUUUUCUUUCUCAGUGGAUUUCUUGUCUCUUAUUUAUAUUUAAAUGAAAAAAAGAAAAAAAUCGAUAAAAAGCCAAUUGAGUAUAGUAAAAAAGUUAACGAAUUUUUUGGUGCUAUCCUCAAGAGAUUUCUCAGAUUGACACCAGCUUAUAUGAUGGUUGUUGGAAUUGUUGAAGUAAAUUCAGCCUGGUACGGUGAAGUUUCACAAUUUUACAUGUCCGAAAGACCACAAGAACUAUGUGCAAAAUAUUGGUGGAGAAAUAUUCUUUAUAUCAAUAAUCUUUUUGGUAGAGAUAAAAUGUGUAUGUCUUGGAGUUGGUACUUAUCGAACGAUAUGCAAUUUUUCAUAAUUGGAACGUUCCUUUUAAUUUUGUCCUCCGUAUGCUUCUAUUUAGCUUCGACCAUAUUGAUUUCAUUAAUGAUCGGAUCAAUUGGAAUAACCGGUUAUAUUUCAUAUAUUUACGGAUAUGUUCCAACAUUAGAUGCUCAAUAUCACAUGCUUAAUGUUUUAUAUGAUCCACCUUGGACAAGAAUAGGACCAUAUAUCGUGGGAAUGAUCACUGCUUAUAUUUUGAUAAAGCUGAAUAAUAAAUUACCUUUAAAAACAAGAACUGUUGCCCUUUGUUGGAUGCUAGGAAGUUCUUGUAAUCUCUUUGUACUUUUUGGAAUUUGGAAAAGAUAUAUUUCCAUAUUGUCGGCGGCAUUUUAUGUUGGACUCAGUAGAACAAUAUGGGCUGUUGGUCUUUCUUGGUUGCUCAUCGCUUGUUGUACACGUCAUGGAGGAAUUGUCAACAAAAUUCUUUCCUUUAGAGGAUGGAUUCCAUUAAGUAGGCUCACAUAUUGUGCCUAUUUAUUAAAUCCUUUUUUAAUUAAUUCUAUUUUCCUUCAUAGUGAAUCUUCUCAACAUGUUGAAUUUUUACCUAAUACUACCACAUUUAUGGGAAUAUUUGCAAUAACUUAUAUUUGUUCUUAUGUUCUCACUUUAAUGCUUGAGACUCCAAAUAUUUUGCUCAUGAGAUUAUUAACAAGUCCUUCCAGAAAAAAUUGAUAAUAAAAUUUGUUUUAUUAGUUUUUAAAAUUAAAAAAAAAUAUUAAAUAUAAUUUGUAAAUAGUAAUGAAUAAAUAGUUGAUAUUUUUAUAUAAAUUUAA